AGCACGAAUUCGACGUGUAUUAUGCCGCGUAAUAUUAAAAUUAUCUAGUGAUAUUUAUGCAGUAUAAAACCAUGUGCAUACGUACGCUAGACGCGCAUAGACGAUGACUUAAUAUCAAGUGUUAUAACCAGUUUUCGACGAGCCAGGUUCACUGGACACAGUCUGCUGUAGGUAGGUACGACCUAACCACGCACGUGAUACCGGGUAACGCCAUCGCACGCAACAUUUUUGAGGUAAUAUUAUACAGUCGCAUAACUAUAACGCAGUCGCCUCAUCAUCAGCUCCUCGACCGGACGCGGUGGUUUUUAUCAUCCGACGGCGGCCGGCCUAUUCGUGUUGUUUUUAAUGAUAAUACAAUUAUAGUGUCGUGCGUGUGAGUUCAUUCUGAAACCACCAAUCGUCUGAGAUCAGCGUUCUCCCGCUUCGGGUCCUACUGCUGUGGCUGCAUGGAACUAUACCAACAUCGCUACUAGUUACAAUAAUAAUAUCAAAAGCGACACACAGCGAUGAGGGAGGACGUUCCAGCGACGAACACAGAUCGUCUCGUGAUGGGACAGCCGAAGACCGGCGACGGCGGCGACAAGGAACCGCUGCGCAAGAUGCUGCUACGGAACUUGACCGUCGAACCGAUGUUGUUCCCGUACCUGAUAGCGUCCAUACUGGUCAUAUUGGCCAACCAGAACCUUAACAUCCAGAAGGCGUGCCGGGUGGACCUGAAACUGAGCACGGAAAUAUGCGACGACCUGGAGAACAAGGACAAGAACAGCAGCAUGCUCACCGACAGCGAGAUCGCCGUGCAGAAGCUGGUCGCUGACAUGCUCAUCUGGCAGACGAUACUGCAGAGCAGCGUGCCGGCCGUCUUCGUGCUGUUCCUAGGCUCGUGGAGCGACCGGAACCGUUUGCGGCGGCCGUGCAUGUUGCUGCCCGUCUACGGCGAGGUGGCCCGGAACUUGGGCCUGCUGGUUUGCGUCUACUUCUUUGACGAGCUGCCCAUGAACGUGACGGGCCUGUGGCAGUCGCUGCCGAUCGCCGUCACCGGUUACUGGACUGUCUUGUACAUGGCCGUGUUCUCGUACGUGGGCGACCACAGCACGGAACAAAAUAAAACCUUAAGAGUUGGUCUAGUAAACGCGACAAUGGCCUUAUGUCUUCCUAUAGGUACUGGUUUGUCAGGUAUAUUAUAUCGUGAACUUGGAUUUACUGGAGUAUACAUCAUAGCUUUGAUACUCUGUUGCAUCAGUAUUUGGAUGGCUCACAUUUUCGUUCACGAUACAAAACAGAUAAAAUUCGAUUCGGGUAUGAAACAUAAAAGGUCUUAUUGGUCUCGUAUCAAGUUCUUUUUCAGUUUAAAUCACAUAGUUGACGCGUUCAAAGUGACAUUCAAAAAGGAAAAAAACAAUAGAAGAAUGAAAGUUAUCGCUUUGACGUUGCUCAUAACUGGAAUCAUGGGCCCAUUGCAAGGUGAGAAAGGCGUUGCGUAUUUGUUUACUCGAGUCAAGUUUAAUUGGAACGAAGUAGAAUUCAGCGUGUACUCGACCACCACGAUGUGCAUCAAUCUCGUGGGAACAUUUUUUGUUCUCGGGGUCGUAGUCAGAAAGUUCGGCGUUGACGACGCGUUGAUCGGCACUGUGGCUACCACUGGAAAAUUAAUUUCGCAAUUCAUAUUCAUAUCCGCCACUAGUGUAGUCGUGUUCUAUUCAGGGGCGCUUGUGAACUGCUUACAAGGACCGGCCAUCAUUUCCAUGAAAUCGAUCAUAAACAAAAUAAUUCCGGCCCAAGAACUUGGUCAAGUCAGCGCAGUCACAGGCAUCGGGGAAAACGUUGUACCCAUUUUGUGUGGUCCAUUGUAUAGUUACGUGUAUGAAUCCACCGUGGACUACUUCCCCAGCGCUUAUUUCUUAGUCACUGCGGCCAUAACGGUCCCGACCAUUUUUCUCUAUCUGUGGCUCUAUAUGCAGCACAGAAAGGAAAUCAGAGAAUCGUACGAACCAUUACCCGAUACAGCUGAUAUUUUGAAAGACCCAAAUGGUGCUGUCACUACAUACGGGGCGAUAAAACAGUAACAGUUGAUUGUAUUAUUUAUUGAUGGGGUAAAAUGUGAUGCGAGUUAUUAACGAGUAACAAAUAAUAUUAAUAGGUAGGCACUUACCUACUAUUCGUCAAAGCGAUACGGCUGAUUUCUCAUUCCAUCCGUAUACCUAACUCAACGUCUCAACAUAAGUUCCUAUCGAUCUGUUGACUGUAUAUUAUAACAUCACAUACUAUUAUAGGUACAAAUUUACAAUAUACUAAUAAUAUAAAUGCCAUGACCUAGUAUUAUAAUAUUAUUAUGUAAAUCAAUCGUGUCGAUUAGGUUAUAAAAUUAUGUGUUAUGCAUUGUAUUGUAUUGUUUUUUUGCUAAAUUACGUGGGCCAAUUAAUCUAAUUAUAUGAUACUAUUGAUUAAGUAACUACCUAUACAUUAUAUUGCAUACUCAGUCAAUAGUACAAUAUUUGAGAGUUUGUAAUUUUUCAUGUAUUAUAUUCAUAUUAUUUAUCAAUGUAUGUACCUAUAUGGUAUUAUGGUUAAUGUUUAUUAUUAAAUGUGUAAUAUAAUAUUAAGUAUAGAUGAUUCACUGAUUGCCAAUUGGUGUAUAUCUGUAUUUUGGUGUGUUACAAAUUAUAAUUUAUUGUUGAACAAUAUUAUAGUAAAUAAUAGAAUUUUACGUCAUCACAUUCAACUUAUCAAGAAAAAUGUAUCUAAACAAUUUCUUUACUUAUAUUUUUGUUAAUUUAUCUAUACAAUAAAAACAUUUUUUUUACAAUUAA